AUGGACAUUUCUUUAGCCCUUGAAGUUCUUCGGCAUGCGCCACCUGAAGUUUUGCAAAAUCACAGACAAGAAGCUAUUGAAGCGUUUCGAGAUAUUGAAGCGCGAAUAAGGGAGCUUGAUUUCCCAGAGUCAGAUUCAUCUAUCCCAGCUUUCACAGCGGUUGCCAAUGGAUCUGGUAGUCAUGAAGCCGGGACGGCCGCCUCCACUCAACUACCAUCUUCAGUCGAGCAACCCACCUCGACUGUUCAAGACAAAAUCAAACCAAGUCAUUCGAUGAAUCUUCUCACUGCCUUAAAUAAAACCGCUUCCUGGGUGUGGAAAUCUACGAAACGUCGACCAAACGAGGUUCUGGGUAUCAAACGCCCUCGUCCUUGCGAUAGAAGGCUUGCCGAUGUUCGCAGGAUUGAGGGUGAAUCCCAGGCUGAGCCUAAAUACAAAUUAUUGAGAGUCCUCGCUCAGCGAUCUCUGGUUCUUCAAGGUGAGAAGUCCGGGUACUUGGAUAUCGAAAAUUAUUGCAAAGUGGCCUCUUCAAGGGGACAGGACAAGGCCAAGAAAGGACGUGGGGGGACAAUCGCUUUAUUUGUGAGAGAAGAACUUGAAAUUGAGAAGGAAGACCAAGCCUUAGCUAUCCAAGCAAUUUCAGGUGGUAUCAAACAAUUAGUUACGGAACGACUGCUUAGAGAAAGGUUUGAAAAGACAGGACAAUGCGGGAGUGCAUCAGGAAUUUCUGCCUUCACAGCUCUUGCCGUCAGGCCGUUCCGAUAUCUGAAGCACGAAGAGAUCCCAGAGUUCUUGGAUUGCCUCCUGAUGCCUGAUUCAAUGGAUUUGUCUGCAUUGAUGGACGAACCAAGGAUGGAGAAUUCUUUACCAGUUUCAAUCAAAGAAGUUAUUCAAAAGUCUUCAGAAUGGCUGGAUGAAAUUCAGGUAUAUUAUAAUACACUUCUCGAUAUUCGGGAAGACUUCGACAGUCGGGAAGACUUCGACAAACAACAAUUAAACGAGCGGGCACGUAAGCGUCAACCGUCUUCACCUGAUCCUGAUGAAGCUGGAAGUCACCCAACCACCAGUCCACAAGAGAGUCCAGAUUCGUUCAACGGGGUGCUUGAACAUCCUGGGUCAAAUUUUUCUGAGUCUCCUUCAAGCACCGGCCUGGAGAGUUCUCUAUUCGUUGGCUCUCCUUCCCAACGACGUUUUCCUCUCGCCAUGUCCCAGAUAAAAGACAACCAACGGAGUGAUUCCGCAGGCACCACCUCGGAGCAGAUGUUCAGCCCAUCGUGUACGGCAAAUUCAGUGGGAGAGAGUCCUUUCAGCCCCUUGUCCAGCAGUGAAAAUCCCUCAAACAUUGAGAAGGCAAGGUUGGAUAUUGUCUCAUCCGAGUUUUCGCAGCAUGGCACAUCGCAGCUGCAUGAUCCUUCAAUCCAGCCUUACACCGGCGCCAGCGACACACGAAUCCCUUACGACCCUUGGCUGAAUGUACACGUCACAUCCCAGCUAAACGAUCUUCCACUUGCGCCUUACGCCGACACUAGCGAUACCCUUCCUUACGACCCUUGGCUGAAUGUGCACGUCACAUCCCAGCUAAACGAUCUUCCACUUGCGCCUUACGCCGACACUAGCGAUACCCGAAUUCCUUACGACCCUUGGCUAAACGUGCACGUCACAUCCCAACUAAACGAUCCUCCACUUGCGCCUAACGCCGACACUGACAAUACCCAAAUCCCAUCCGACUUUUCGCAACAUGGCACACCCCAGCCGCAUGACCCUUCAGCCCAGCCUUACACCGGCACCUGCGAUACCCAAAUCCCUUACGACCCUUGGCUAAACGUGCACGUCACAUCCCAGCUAAACGAUCCUCCACUUGCGCCUUACGCCGACACCAACGAUGCUCAAAUCCCAUCAAAUAAUUGGCCGAAUACGGACGCCACAUUCCGACUGAACGGCCCUUCAGUUGCGCCUUACACCAGCACAAACCGUACCCAGGUUUUAUUCGACUCUUCACAGCAGGUGCCAUCCCAACGCGCAGUCUACCAGCAUCCGGCACGCAGUACUCUACCAUUGUAUACCACUCCAAGCUACAUGAAGGCACAUCUCUGUGUUCUUGCGGAGCUUUUCCAACUCUUCUUCGUACCCUAG